AGACCCCAUUAAAGAACCAGGAGAAAAGGAAAGUCAACAGGGAACUCUAGCCACUUUGAAAAGCAGUUGGUGUGCAGUCUACAUAGUAAAGUGCUCACCUUCACUCCAGCUACCAUUAUAUACUGUUUGAAUAAGAAGAAGGCAUGUGCUCCAUCCUGUUUUGCUUUGCUCUUGCACAGUCCAAAGUACAAGUAAAUACAAUAUGAAUUUUUAUAUACUCUGAAAUCUGAAUGCUUUGAUUUGGAUAAAAACCCUUCUUUGUGGCAGCCUGUUCAAUUUACUAUGUGAGUAUGUAGUAGGCACCUGCCACAUGCUGCUCAUUCAUGGGCUGUUUUGACUCAAGUUCUAGAUGAACGCUUGGAUAAGAGAGUGGAUGACAUGCUUGCUGCUGGACUCUUGGAAGAGCUGAGAGAUUUUCACAGACGCUAUAAUCUUAAGAACAUUUCAGAAAAUGGCCAGGACUAUCAACAUGGUAUCUUCCAGUCAAUUGGCUUCAAGGAAUUUCACGAGUACCUGAUCACUGAGGGAAAAUGCACACCAGAGACUAGUAACCAGCUUCUAAAGAAAGGUAUUGAGGCUCUGAAACAAGUCACCAAGAGAUAUGCCCGGAAGCAAAACCGAUGGGUUAAAAACCGAUUUUUGAGCAGACCUGGUCCCAGUGUCCCCCCAGUAUAUGGCUUAGAAGUAUCUGAUGUUUCUAAGUGGGAGGAGUCUGUUCUGGAGCCUGCUCUCGAUAUAGUACAAAGUUUCAUCCAGGGUCACAAACCUACAGCCACUCCAAUGAAGAUGCCAUACAAUGAAACUGAGAACAAGAGAAGUUACCACAUGUGUGACCUUUGUGACCGGAUCAUCAUUGGGGACCGGGAAUGGGCAGCACAUAUAAAAUCCAAAUCUCACUUGCACCAGCUGAAGAAAAGAAGAAAGCUGGACUCAGAUUCUGUUCCUGCCAAAAGUAGUUCCCCAGGCUGUGACCCGGAACUUAAAGAGAGGAAGUCCCGAGGGCAUCAUGAUCAAGAGCUGAAGGCCAGGGUUUGAGAGACAUGCCUAGUGGCCUUUGCAGAGAUGUGGGGAUAAAAUCCAGGAGGGAGGGAGUGUGAGUCCCAUGCCUGGACUGAGGAAGGCUGGGCAGAAGCGCCCCCCCCCCCCCCCGAACCCCUCUCUCUUUUACUCUGUGGUGUGGUCUGCACUGGAAACAGCAGGUCUUUCAGCUCCUGUGUGGCUGUUGUGUCUGGUAAGGAUGUAGUUCAGGGUGGGAUUUUUUUUUUUUUCUUUGAACCUUAAAGGUUUUAUUUUAGAAAGAGGCACAGAUUGCACAUUUUCUACUUGAUCUUUUUUAGUGGUGAAUACUAAGAUUCAGUACAUCCUUUAAAAGAGAGUUCUUGUCUCUGGUGCUGGCUAAAAAUAUCUUGCUUCCAGAUGCUUUUGUAAAUGACUGAAGUAUUGUAAGGCAAAGUCAGGAGUUCUGGAUGUGAGAGAAUGGCAGAAAGAAGCAGCCCAGAGAUGAUUUGGCAAGCUGUCCCAGCUCUGAGUCCACAGAAGAGGGGGUCAGGCUGAGGUGGUUGUGACCUGGGUCUUGAAGACUGGAGAAGGAAGCAGAGUCUGCUGAGCUGCUCCUGUGCAUACUGGCUGCUCACUUUCUAGGGUGGAAAGCUAUACGUCCUUUUGAAGUGUAAAUAAAGAGGUGUGUGAGAUCCUCAGUUUAUACACCACA